AUGUCAAACACCGUUUCUGCAACUCUUCGGCCUGACAUCGUCAAUCUCCAGCGAGCCUCUUCUGGCGGCCGUGCGACUCACGAAGUCAUACAGAUUAUUCAAAUCUUUGAGAAGCAUAGAAUCAUCUGCUGCUUGGUCGGGGUUUCGGCUCUCGUGUUUUAUGGAGCUGAACGCAUCCAACAUGACUGGGAGAUAUGCAUUCCUUCGGAUAGGGUCAAAGAUGCUGUUAGCCUACUUUCCAAUGAAUUUGUUUCUAUGUACACCCCCGCCCAGCGUAGGCUACCGCAGCCGGCCUCCCUCUCACACACGUAUCCCCGAUUCAGCGGAAAAGAUGCAGACUUUAGUUUUAUUCUAGUACCUUCACAUGAUGCACAUAUUCGAUGCAGCGAAUCUACAAUUCAACGCAGCAAUGGCCUACCGUAUCCCACCCUGCCUGUCUUGAUUCAAAGCUUCCUGGACACCAACAACACCGUUGCCUUGUGCGACGUUGUCGAUGGAACGAACGUAUCCGAGUGCUGGGGAAGGCAACAUCUCAAACUCGACGGGACCAACGACAUAGGUUGGGCCAAGCGGAUGAACGGACAAAUCUAUUCGGACAAAGACGGGCCAAUGGCUUGGGUAUCCUUAUUUCCAACGGCGAUUGUUAGUAAGCAACAGAUGUGGGAGUCAGGAGUGAGAAAUAAGAAGAGUCGAUUAGGGUGGACACAACCCGAAGAACUGUUUGAAACCCGGUUUCGACUGAAAUCCUCGGAUAACCCACGGAAUAUAACCCACUUCUAA